AUGCACAGACCAGAUGACGAGUUCAUCAACCAGUUCAGGGAGAGAUUUGGGGACCUUCUCUUGAGCUGCCAUGGCGAAAGAGGAAGGACAGACGCUCAUGUUGACGUGGGUGGUUCAAUGUUCUCUGCUAGCCAUGCCAAGGAAGAUGAGCCCGUCGAUGUUAUGUGCGCAGACGAGGCGAACACUGCUCGAACAUUGAGACUAGAGAAGGGUUCCCCGAAACCACGCAAUUUUCAUGCACUCGGUUCGAUCUCUCCGAUGAAAAGUGCUAAACAGCACGAGACAUUCCACGAUCGCAAUCUACUGGGGUCGGGAGCGAUCUUUCACAACAAGGCAGGAGACAUCCACUCUCCAAUGAUACGGUGGAACACAAAGAUCUCGCCAUUCCUUGAUGAAUCAAUUCAGCACGUCCAGCAGAUUUCUUGGAAUGGGCCCGAUGGCUUCACUCCGCUGGCUGAGUCUCAACGUUGGCUAUAUGACCAUACAUAUUUUGGACAUACAGAUGAUAUCUCGAGGACUCUUGUGCACCAUGAUUCUGGAUACACUACAUUGGAUGGAGCCGAUCAGGAUAUUUUGGCCGAUAGUCUCAGUGAACAACCAGACUUAAACUCAGUCUUAGCUACAUCGGAGGGCCACGUCAACGAACAUUGGCAAUAUAGCGACGGAGAAAAAUUUCGUUACCAUGUGAUACUGCAAGCCCCGACGGCAAUUCUUCGGCAUGCCAAUGAAAGUCCAGUGACAUACCUCGACAAAGGUCAAAUAUACAGCCUCACGGUGGCAGAUUCUGCGCUAUCCAUAAAGAAGGCCGGUCUUCUUGAAUAUAGAACGUUCGUGCAUGUGUCCUUCGAAUCAGAAGCUCAAAGAUAUAAUUCGGUUGCAUCUUGGCAGCUAUGGAAACAAGGUCGAGGCUCGAAAGAAGCCCAUGAGCGCAAAGGCAAGGUUUCAGCUAUCGAGUAUGUCGUUUCUUCCCAGGACGAUGUUAGAAAUCAGGGACUUCGCCAGAUACGGCUUGAAAAAGCUUUUGUUGAUGGGUUUUGUGUCACUUGGACAGCUGAUCCAAGCGCGAACAUUCAUAAAGCUGCGAUUUUGCUAAAGUUUAAUUUUCUAUCUACUGAUUUCAGCCGCUCAAAAGGGGUGAAAGGGGUACCAGUCAGGCUUUGUGUAAAAACGCAAAUGUUGCGGUCAGACGACGAAACCGAGACCAUUGACGACAAGCCAGAGAAUUGUUACUGUCUGGUGAAGCUCUAUCGUGAUCACGGUGCCGAACGGAAACUAUCGAACGACAAGAUAUAUGCUAAGAAAAGGAUUGAAAAGCUCAACAAAGAAAUCCUUGGUAAAAGGACAGGGGAGGAUUUUGAUGGACGAAGUCGCAGAAACACUCUAACGAACGAUAGAGAAUUUGACAUUCGGCCUCAGAAGAAACGCAAGUGGUCCAUAAGUUCGCGCAAAGGCCCUGCGUCAGAUAAAGACCUUCACGCCGAGUUAGCUACAAUGGCUGAGGUCUUUUCAUCGGCACGGCCAGUCAGUGUACUUGGUCUUUGUGGUAACGAGAAGGAUGAUCCUGAUCUAUAUUCUAUCUGUUUAUCACAUGGAUCAAGCACCUUAACGAAAGCUGGUGACUUGGAUGAUAAAUAUAGCAUGCGCGCUAUAAACUUAGCCUACGAAGGAGCGGCUUGUUUGUCAAACAAUGCUGACGAACGAUUGGAUCUCCAAAGCCCUAGCUGCCAAGAACGUCCGCCCAAAAUGCCAAAAAUUUCCACUAUGGAUUCUCAAAUGGUCUCUCCACCUGCAAAUCACUCUAAGUAUGUUGCAUGCUUUUAUGUCCAGUUCACUCAAAAUGGGAAGCAUCCUGAGGGCAACCAUUAUGCGAUAUACCUUAUGAAUCGAACUGCUCUCGAUUUGAAAAGCAAGCUUGCGGAGAAACUGCAGAUCGACCCAUGUCUUAUCACUCGUGUCAUUCAUGUCAACAGUAAAGGCUUGAAGGUCGUGGUGGAUGACGACAUGAUCCAGCAACUUCCAGAGGCGCGGAUCAUGAUUGCAGAUAUUUGUGAACUCCCGUACACAGGCAUGGCUCCCUCUAGCACAGGUUACUCUGAGGUGGAAAUAAAGCUCGUGUUCUAG